AUCGAAAGACUUAUGACGUAUUUUUUAUUUAAUUUCUCGUCAUUCGGGAUGGUAAUUAGAGUAUAUAUACCUGGGAUUACAUCUCGUCUUCAGUACCACUAGAGUUUUUACGGAAGGAAACAUUAAAAUACAUUUUUAGAAAUUGCUGGCCAAUUUCACCCAAGGACAAAACAAGAUGGAAUCUAAACCGACUUUACUGAGCGUGUUUCUCAGUAUGUUAUUAGUUUUACCAGUAACACCAGCCAUAUUACCAUGUCAACAGUCGUUUGACGUAGUAGUAAUGAUCGACGGAUCGGACAGCAUCAACGCAGAUGACUUCUUACUGUUUAAAAACGCAUUGGAAAAUCUGGUGGGACAGCUGGAAAUCGGCGUGGAUAAAACCAGAAUGGGACUCGUGCUGUACAGCGCAACUGUCACCAAAUCCAUCGACUUCAGUGGAAACUCAUUUCUCUUAAGACAGGAAAUCAGAAGCCUUGUCCAACCUCGAGACGGUACCAUGACCCAUCUAGCUCUGGACGAUGCCUACAACAUGGUUCUUAGAGCCACAAGUCGUCAAGGGGUACCUAAGAUUGGUUUAGUUAUCACCGACGGCAUCUCCAAGUUUCCAUCUUUAACCGCUGCAUCUGCUGCUAAACUGAAGAAUCUCGGCGUGAAUGUUUAUGCUAUUGGUGUCACCAACAAUGUGAACGCUAAAGAAUUGGUUGAUAUUGCUUCCAGUCCAUCUCAAGUCAAAUAUUCCUCGACUUUUAGCGACCUGACUACUACACUGAAAGAACUGUUACCCGAAAUCUGUCCAGCUACCACCACACCAACACCGACUACGCCCACCCCCAGAACAACACGUAUAACACCCCCUGGACCUGGUGGACGAGUUGACACCACCCCCAACCCUAUUAAUGGUAGUCUGUGUGACGGUUGUAAAGAAGAUAACGGUAUUGGGUUCCUGCCCCACCCCACGGACUGUCACCGGUUUAUCCAGUGUAUAUUUGAUAAAGAUGGUUCUGCCGAGGGUAUGAUUAAGAACUGUGGUAUGGGGUUAUUUUGGGAUCAAGAUGAUUUCACCUGUAAAUAUCCAAGUCAAGUGACUUGUGUUAACGAUAAAUGUAACAACCCCGGCACCACUCAUUUCAAAUCCAUCCACAACUGUCGACAAUACUACUCAUGUGACGACAGAUUCGGUGCUGCUCUAUGCUGUCCACAAGGUACUUCUUACUCUGACACUAGCAGACAAUGUGUUUCAGACAACACCUGUAACGACCUAUGUGGUACCAGUUCCAACCCCGCCCCCACUGCACAAGCACAAUGUAACAAAGAAGCUGUCCCUGGUCUACCUGGAUAUUACAUGGAAGAUGUACCUGGGUUCGGUAAGAUACAGCGACCCUGUGCUGUUGGUACCACAUUUAGUCCUACCAAGUGUGAUUGUUCUACAUUCUAUGAUUCUAACCCAGCUGCCCCUACUAGAUUCCCACCAGUCAACAACGAAUUCUUGAAUUGCGAUUGGGUCACUACUUGUAGUCCCACAGCUCGGCAAAGAUCGGUUGACUCCGUAACUGUCCACUGUAAACCAAUCCUUGACCUUCAAUUUGAAAACGACGCACGUGAUACUUCCGGUAACAACAACUGGGUUCAAAAUGUCGGAGUUUCCUUCCAAAAUGGCUGGGCAUAUUUCAACGGUGAUGCUAUUUUAAGAGUACCACGAUUUUCUAACUUUGGUCUCGGAUCUACUUUCAUGGUUAAAAUGAAAUACAGAGCCGAGGCUCCUAUCCAGCAGCAACAAGCUCUAUUCACCAACAGAGACUGUGGUAAACCAGGCUCUGUCGCCAUAUUGUUGAACCGAGGUACCGAUACAUUUUUAAUGAGAAACGAAGCUUCUGAACUAAAAACGGUUGAUGUCAAUGUACAAGACCAGACUCAAUGGAGAGAAGUUAUAUACCGAGUUGAUAAUGGAUUAUUAAAAGGAACUGUUGAUGGGGUUUCUCAACAAAUUCAAAUUGUUGGUGAUAUCCGUAAGAGUGAAUGUGCUUUACAGAUCGGUCAUGGUAACACUUAUGAAAACUUCGUUGGAUACAUCGACUAUGUUCAAGUUUCCAUGUGUUAAAAUAUAGAGUGACCUCCCUUGAGAGAAUUUUCUAAGCACAAGACUUUUAUAAUUUUGAAUCGUAUUUUUUUUUAAAUCAAAACGACACAGUUUCUAGUCGAGACCUCUUCUUAGAUUCAUUUCUUCUCUUUUAUAAAAUAUCGAUAUUUUAGCUGGCACGACAAUUCACAAUAAAAUUAAGAAAUUAAGAAUUAUAAAUUGUAAUCUGGUAGAAACAAAGCAUCAAAACGUAGAGCACUGAUAUAAUUUACUUCUAUUUUCUAUAUCAAACAAUCACUUGCAACAUGUGAAAGAAAUAAGUGUCGAAUGUCAUGUCAAAGCUUCUUUUGUGAGAGCAUGACAGCUUUAGUUUCGAUAUUUGAUUAAAGCUACCAUGAAGAUUCAAAUAUGAAACAAUAACAUUGAUAAAAUCUUUCAACUUUUCAAUAUUAAGGACCUUGAAGAAAAAGUUGAACAAAAGUAGAAACUUUCUUGAUAAUUUUUGCUGCGUUUAUUGAUCCAAUGUUUUAGAACUUAAUAUUAGCUUGAAUUCAUUCUAUAUUAUUUUAAAGAUAAAGUCGUAUUUUGGAGCUGAUGGUUUCCUACCAGAAGUCCUUAUUCGGCCGUGUUUUUUUUUUAUAGUUAAAAAUAAUCACCACCCAAACUGUUCUGUUGUAAAAGUAGAAAUUUUGAUUUUUUGUACUUUAUUUAUUUUUGAUAUUUAUAUUAGAGUUUUGUUACUUUUGUGAAUAAAUUGAUGAUUAUUCUGAAAAU